UUUUUUUUUUUUUUCUAUUCUUUUUUUUCUUUCCAUUCUCUUCUCAACUUGUUGUUGUACCUAUCAAAAUUUAUUAUUUCUACUCUAUCUUGAGUUAUGGAUUCUGAACAGCGUACAGCUCUGACAGCUACCCUUUCUUCCUUGGUUGUCCCUGAGAUCAAAGAAAUCAUCAAUCAACUCAAUAAAAGGCUUUAUCUCAGAAUGCAUCGUUCAGGACGGAAAUCCAAUCUUAUCGAAAAUAUUGUUAAUGAAGCUCAAGCUUGGUCACAGAAUAGGAAGGUACAAUCCUUGGAUGUAUUAGUAGAUGCUAUCAAUAGACAAAUUGGACUUUCUACUUUUAUACGAGAAGACAAUUUUAUCAAAAGAAAUGCAACUGCUACUCCUCUUGUAUAUAAUCAAAUUAGGCCGCCACCAGCAACAAUUCCAAGGUCAUCACCUUCAAGUAUAAUGACCACUCAACCUCAACAAUCACCAUUAUCACAUCCAAGACCUAUAAUAGAUCAUAUCAAUGUUCAAUACAAGUCAAGUCCAUUUUUUACAUUGGAAUCUCGUUUAGUCUCUCCGAAACUAUGUACAAGGAAUCUGAAUACUCGAUCAAGCAAGGUUUUCUCUUUUAGUUUGACAGCUGAACAACAACAAUUUUUCCAUCAUCAAAAGAAUAGUAACAGAGGUUUAUAUCAAAUUCGAUUUUUUUGCUCUGGAUAUGAUGAACAAAACCAAGGUCGACACAAUGAAAUGGAAUUUCCUCCAAUAUGUGAAAUGAAAGUAAAUACGGAACAUACUAUUGCUGGAAGUACUCUCAGAGGCAUGAAGAAUAAACCUGGUACAGUAAAUCCUCCCGAUAUCACUCCUUAUUGUCAUUUGUUUGGAAGAAAAAAUAUGGUAGAACUUGUUUAUGCGAAUACAGUCAAGUCAUAUGUUGGAACGAUUGAAUUGGUGAAACGAAGAACUAUACCGGACAUUGUCAAUGGUUUGAAAAACUCAAAAGUGAUAUCAAAGAAAGAAACAUUAGAGAGAUUACAAAAACGUCAAGAAGAUACAGAUAUUGUAUUAGAAUCAGAAACUAUUUCCACAAAAUGUCCUCUUGGUUUUACAAGAAUUCAGACACCCUCACGAUCGAUAUACUGUCAUCAUUUACAAUGCUUUGAUGCCACUACAUUUUUAUUGAUGAAUGAACAAACGCCCACAUGGUCUUGUCCAGUUUGUAAUAGAAAAAUGGAAUCUUGGGAGGAAAUAGGUGUCGAUGAAUACUUUCGAGAUAUACUGAAUUCGGUGUCUAACAAUGUGGAAUCUAUACGAAUAGAAGAAGGUGGAAAAAUCAAAGUGAUAGGACAAGAUAAUGAUGAAUCCGAUACUGACGAUGGCAACAAUGACCGUUCAAAUAUUCAUACCAACAACAAUACACAAGUAAAAAAGGAAAUCGAUGACAGUAAAGAUGCAACAACCUCAGUGGAUUCUGUGACGAUAUUGGACGACGACACGGAUAUAGGAGAAGAGAAUGAUAGCGAUGAUAUACCCUUAGCAAAACGACAAAAAAUCACAAUACAACGUCCAACCAUACCUCCUCCUAAACAAAACCAGGUGAUUGAUCUUACUCUCGAUAGUGAUGACGAAGAUGAAGUUAACAAAAAUAAUAUCAGCAGCAACAACAACCACAAUGGCAGUAGUGAUUAUAGCGACAACACUCUGAUUGGAGAUGAAGGACGUAAUAUGGCAUCUAUAUCACCCUAUCAACAAUCAGUAACAACUGUGACAAGUCCAUCUUCACCAAAUACAACAAAUGGAUUGAAUUCUUUACCAGAUCCACCAAGAAAUUAUAUACGAAUACCAUUAUCAUCUUUAGGCAAACAAACACCACAACAUCCUCCAUCAUCUAGUCAGAAUAUGUUUACUUCCCCUUUGACUCCUAGUGAUUAUAGUCCAAAUAGUUUAGUUUUACCACCAUUACCCUCUACUGCCCCUCCUUCUCAAUCAUCAUCAGAUCCUUCAUCAUUUACUUCGAAUUCAUUAAUGAAAUCCUUUUUACACAAAUAAUAAACGCCCUACUUAUUAUACAAAUCUUCAAAAUAAAAAAGUGAUC